GGCCCACAUCUGGAGGCACCCGACUCUCCAUCGAAGGCCUAUAUAUGGACGCCGGCUCUAAAGCCGAGGCCUUCUUGGGUGGUCUGCCGUGUAAUGUGACCCGACGUACAGUGAAUUUCGCCGAAUGUAUUACCAGUGCUCGACAUAUGCCCGGAGAGGAGAAAGUGAGGGUUAAGUUUGAUAACGGGCUCCGGUUUUUCGAUUAUUACAACUAUCUGUACGUCGACGACCCGCGCAUUGACACCGUCGAGUCCGGCUCCGGAGGCAAUAGAGGCGAAGCCCGGGGUAUUCCCGCCGGAGGUAUCACUAUAUCAGUGAAGGGCGAUAAAUUGAAUAUCAUUCAGAAGCCGCAGAUGUAUGUGGAAGUGGAUGGCGAGCCAUUCGUCAGCAAUUGCACCACUAUUUCAGCCGUCGAAAUGAAGUGCGAGAGUCCUUACGUCCCGAUUGAGAAACUAGACUUCGAUGCCGACCGUGAGUUCGUUGAGUUGGACUUCGGCUUCAUUAUGGAUGACGUGAAGUCUGUGAAGGGUCUGAGCACUCGUAAGCUCAACCCGUUCGCCAAAUUCCGAAUGUAUCGCAACCCAGUCUACCAUCCAUUCAAUGAGGAUAAUAGUGUCAAAUACUAUCGCAGCGAAUAUCUGACAAUUAAUGGCAAGAAUCUGGACGGAGCCUCACAAGAGUCGGAUGUGACCGUCUGGAUCGGCACCAGUACUUGUAAUGUGACGUCUCUGUCGCGACUGCAGCUCACAUGUCGUCCCCCUUCGACUCCACCCGAAUCGGGCAAAGACUCGGAAUCCAUACCCGAAGUAAUCGUUGGAAUCGGAGGGCGACUGAACUUCACGAUCGGAAAACUGAGUUAUGAACAAAACACACACCCGGGAGAGCCCCUCCACAAGCACUUCCUAAUUGUGGUUGUGAUCGGCAUUUGUAUCCUCUUCUUCAUUGUGGUCUUCAUUCUAAUCCUUUACCGCCGAAAGUCCUCUGAAAGCAGUCGUGUGUUGAAGACAAUGCAGGAACAGAUGGAUGUCCUGGAGCUGAGGGUCGCCUCUGAGUGUAAAGAAGCGUUCGCUGAACUCCAGACUGAAAUGACAGACUUGACCAGUGAUUUGACUGUUGGCGGCAUACCGUUCCUCGACUACAGAAUGUAUACAAUGAAAGUAUUGUUCCCGAACUCGGAAGACCAUCCAGUGCUAAGAGAUAUGCAAAUGGAUCCGUCAAAGAGACUGUUCAUUGAGAAAGGACUUCGAUAUUUCGGACAAUUAGUGAUGAAUAAGACAUUUCUGCUGCUAUUCAUCCGAACUCUGGAGUCGAACCGAUAUUUUUCGAUGAGAGACAGAGUGAAUGUGGCCUCACUUAUAAUGGUCACCCUUCAGGGAAAGAUGGAGUACUGCACCGACAUAUUGAAGACCCUUUUGGCCGACUUGAUUGAGAAGUGCAUUGAAGGCAAGAGUCACCCGAAGCUGUUGUUGAGGCGAACGGAAUCCGUGGCCGAAAAGAUGUUGAGUUCUUGGUUUACGUUCUUAUUGUACAAAUUCCUGAAGGAAUGCGCCGGCGAUCCCCUAUUCCUACUCUACCGGGCCAUCAAACAACAGGUAGACAAAGGGCCCGUCGAUUGUGUCACAUCUGAGGCCCGGUAUUCGCUCUCCGAAGAGAAGCUGAUUAGACAACAGAUAGAGUACAAGACGAUCACUGUAUACGUAUCGAUGUCUCCGCAAACGGCAUACAUGUCUGGUUUGGACCAACUCUUACAGGCGGACAGUAUGGAGACACCCGUCAAAGUGUUAGAUUGUGAUACCAUAAGUCAAAUUAAAGAGAAGUCUUUGGACACCAUUUACCGCAGUAUCUCAUACUCACAGCGACCACUCAAAGAGGAUCUGGAUCUCGAGUGGCGCACCGGACAGUCCGGUCGACUGAUACUGUCGGACGAGGACCAGACCACCAAACAGGAGGGCGAGUGGAAGCGCAUGAAUACAUUGGCUCAUUACAAGUGUUCGGACGGCGCGUCCCUAACACUAGUGCCUAAACAGAGCUCAAUGUAUAACAUCUCGAUCUUGUCCGAGAAGAUGGAGAAGUCCCACAAAUACGAGACACUGAACUUCGGCUUCAAUAAGGCCUCGUCACCGCCCAUGAGUCGGGCCACCUCUCCACUGAACCACGACCUCGAGAACGGCUAUAAAUACUGGCAUUUAGUCAAACAUCACGACAACGACCACAGCAAAGACGGCGAUCGGGGCAACAAAAUGGUGUCUGAGAUCUAUUUGACGCGACUGUUGGCCACGAAAGGCACGCUUCAGAAGUUCGUGGACGACCUCUUCGAGACAAUCUUCAGUACCGCCCAUCGCGGCCAAGCGCUGCCACUGGCCAUAAAAUACAUGUUCGACUUCCUGGACGACCAGGCGCUCAACCACGGCAUCACCGACUCGGAGGUGGUCCACACGUGGAAGUCGAACAGUUUGCCGCUCAGGUUUUGGGUGAAUCUCAUCAAAAACCCCAACUUUGUGUUCGACAUAAACAAAUCCAAUAUUGUCGACUCCUGCCUAUCAGUGGUCGCCCAGACUUUUAUGGACGCCUGUUCCACGUCCGACCACCGAUUGGGCAAAGACUCUCCCAGUAGUAAACUAUUGUAUGCCAAAGACAUUCCUAUUUAUAAAGAUUGGGUCGAGAGAUACUAUCUGGACAUUCAGCACAUGCCUGCCAUCAGUGAUCAGGACAUGAAUGCCAUGCUCGCUGAGGAGUCCAGACAACACGCGCACGAAUACAACACAAAUGUGGCGCUCCAUGAGCUGUACAGCUAUGCCGUCAAAUAUAACGAUCAGUUAAUGCAGACCUUAGAAGAGGACGAGUUUUCGCGCAAAAACAAGUUGUCGUGGAAACUGGAACAGGUCCACCAGAUCAUGACCGGCGAGUCCGACCCAUAGACACACCACCACAUCCACAUCUCCAUCCAUGUGCCCUAAUCUCCUCUCCCCUCGUCAUGUCAUACGCAUCGAUGCUUUUGAUUAAUUGUUUGGUCAAAUCGAUCCAGUCUUCUAGUGCUCUAAUGUAUAAGAAAUUAUUA